AGUUGCUAAGGCAACCACAAACACUCCAUUCACAAAUCUAAACUGAGCUGAAGCACUAAAGCACAUAUUGGUUUUUCACAGUCUGUAUAAGAUAAAAUAACUCAGUGUUUGGAAUUAAAAUUUUGAGGAACUACGGUAUAUAUUGCCUUGGAUAUUGUCAGUUCAUCAUGGCUGAUUCCAAGGAUUUAAAUCUACCCAAAAUUGUGUCCCCAAGACAACAUCUCAUCCAUUCCAAAAUACAAACAUUGUGUAAAGAGGGAAAAGAACUCAUGGGAAAAGAUGAUAUCAACAGAGCUCUAAAAUUAUUUAAGAAAGCCUUUAUUCUUUCCUCUAACUUAUCCAAUGAAGGCAUUCAAAAAAAAUGUUUGUUCAAUCUCGGUGCUGCAUACAUAUGCGUUGGGAAACCAAAAAAAGCCCUAAAAUGUUUAAUGAAAUCUACAAACCAUGACAAGGAUGAAGAAGAUGGUGAUCUGUUUUUUAACAUAGCGUCUGCUUAUGAUAAGAUGCAAGAGUAUGAUAAAGCUGUGAAGUUUUAUGAAAAAGCCAUCAAUCAAUACAGUUCUGAAGAAAUUAACAGCAUUGCAGAUGCUCUAAUCAAACUAGGGUACUGCUUUGCAUCCGUUGGAGAGCUUUCCUCUGCGGCACAUUCUUUCAAACUUGCAGGACAUUCAUAUCUGAAAAAUGAAAGAAUGGAAGAUGCCGCAAUGGCCAUGAGAGAAGCCAGUAAAUACAUGAUAAACAGUCAAGCAUUCUCUAAGACAGAUGUUCUCCAGACUCUAAAUAUGUGUGUUCAGUCAUUUAAAGGAAUUUCUGAUAAACUGACUCUGGGUACACUUUAUAACCAUGUUGGCCUUCAUUAUGCCGAAUUGAAAUGUUUUAGUGAAGCUGAAAAGUGCUUUACAGAAAGUCUGAAUCUGUGUAGCGGAAAACAAUUUUCUAUAAGAAAAAUGGCUGUAUUACUGCAGAACCUGGGAGCUGUUGACAAUGCUCUUUACCAAUAUGAAAAAUCUCUCCGGAGUCAUGCAGAAGCAGUAGAUCUGUAUGGUUCUCUAGGUGAAAGAAAUGCACAAGGACAGUGUCUAUGUAACUUGGCUUUUGCCUAUAGCCAGCUAAAGAACUUUGACAUGGCAGAGUUCUAUUACCUUCAAGCACUCCAAGCAUUUGUGGAUGCAGAUGAUCCUUGGAGGCAGUGUCAUGUCAAUGAAGGACUGGGUGCCACAUAUUUCUGCCUAGGUAAUCUGGAUCAAGCCAUUCAUUACUACAAGAAAGCCCUGACCCUAUCUGGAGGCGCAAAGGAAACAUCAGACACGAUUAGAGAAAGAAUUUUAGAGAAGCUUACAGAUGCAAUUGAAUAUAAAGCAGCUCGUCAAAGCACAGUUACAACAAGUAAAAAUGUUUCCGUGAAAAGAUCAAAUCAAUCUCCUAGCAACUGUGCUAAUGAUGACUGCAAAUCAGUCACCUCUCAAUUUCAUGAAUCCUGUUUAAACAGUGACAUCACAACCUCAGACAGCUCCGAUGAUGAGUAUCUACUACAAAGGUCACUCAGACGCAACACAGUUCAGAUGCCACAUCUGAAACUGAAACAACCUAAAACUAAUGAGCAAGACAUUGCAGAAAAUGAAUCCACACACCAGCGUAGACUACAGACACAGGUUUCAGAAUCUAAAAGUAGCACAACUCCAAGAGAAGAUGAAGAGAAGUCCAAGCACAAGCGCGUAGAUCCACUGAAUCCAACUAAAAGUGCUAGGAUUAAUAAGAACUAUACAUCAGACAACGAGGAGGAUUCGAAAUACCAGUUCAGAGAUCAAGGGAAUUUCUCACCUACUGUAAGGAUUGGAACUAGUGAACAUCAGAGAAAAAGUGAUGCAGGCCAUACAGAACAGAGUGGACAAGAAGAAAAUAAUAAUGAAGAUAGUGAUUUGGAAGAACUAUUAAACGCUGACCAUCAUGACCUUGAAAAAAUAUUGCAAGAAAAAGGUUACGAAAUGGAAAAAAUAUUAGAAGACCCUGACCAGGACGAAAGUUUACAAGAAGAGGAUGGCGCACCAAGAGAGACUGUGCAAGCGCAAGACAAGAAGACCACACGAAUAUGCACAGUGUCCUAGGAAAAACACUGGUGAUAUAAUGUUCGACAAUGAGGACUUUUAGACCCCUUUCACACUGAAGCGUUUUUACAGUGUUUUAGCAUUAAAAAUAGCGCUAUUAAAAUGCUCAU